AUCACACAAACAUUCUCAUUGAAUUAUAACCAUAAUAGAUUGAAGACCUUUUAUGUUUCUCGUUUACUUCGCAUUGACCGUAGAUAUUCUAUCGCAAGUUGUUGCAGUAGAUUACUACCAAGAAGCCAUUAAAUGCAAACUCGGAUUUCAAGUUGUAAAAUUGGCUGUAGAAGAACAAAAGAAGAAGACUUCUGAUAUCCUUGAUUAUGACAUUGCUUGUGAUUAUAUUAUGACAAGUUUGAAACGGCUAUCUCUAUCGUUGCUCAUGCAUGAUCCCUUCAAGCUUUGUAGACAUAUUUUCUUUAGCGUUCAAGGCUAUGAGAGUGUUGCCUUGUCUAAUGCGAUUGGGAACAUCCAAAGCACUAGUGACAUGGACGAGCGAAACCUGCACUUUAGUGAGUUUAUUAACGAAGGAGAAAAGUAUUGCCAGAUAAUAGACAAGUUAUGGAAAGAAAAGCCUGCUUUGUUAGCGCAGCAAAGCCAGGCUAAAUGA